AUGGCUCUGAGGUGUGCAUGAGAGAGAUGUGCCAAGGGAAAGUGUGUGUGGUGGUGAAUGUAGCAUCUUUCUGUGGACUCACUGUCACAGAGUACAACCAAAUGAAUGACCUGGUUGAGAAGUUUCCCUGUGACAAGUUCCUCAUCCUGGCUUUCCCUUGCAACCAGUUCUGCUUUGAAGCAAGUGCUUUAUCAAAUUUUAAAUAUUCUUUCAGUAAUUUUACUCUGAAUCAUGAGAAUGCAUUUGGUGAGGAAGAAAUUUUAAACAUGCUGAAGCAUGUGCGCCCUGGAAAGGGAUUUGUACCAAAGGCCACCAUGUUUGAGAGGAUUGAUGUAAAUGGCAAAGAUGCCUUGCCAAUGUUUGAGUUUUUGAAGAGAGAAAUCCCAUGUCCUGUGGAUGAUCCCUUGUAUCUCCUGAAGCAUGAAACCUUCCAUUACUGGGAUCCACUCUUCAGAUAUGAUAUCAGUGGAAAUUUUGAGAAGUUCCUGAUUGACCAAAAUGGGAGAGUUGUCAAAAGGUACAGUCCAAUGUACCAAAUGAAAUACCUGGAGGAUGACAUCUGCCAACUGUUGAACAUCAAACAGGACAAUAAUUUGGAGGCACAAGAGACAAAUAGAAGGGAUGAUGACCCAGAUAUCCAUCCAUCAAAUAAGGGACUGAAAAGGACUUGGGAUCCCUCUGAAGAAGACACACCCAAAGACCAAGCAAAGAAAGAGAAACUAGAUGACUUUUUUGAUGGAUCAGGCAAACAUGAGUGCAUUGUUCAGCACAAGUGUGGAGAGGAGUGCAAAGCCAUGGUGGACAAUUCUCAAUGCAAACCUUACCAUAAACCAGGGAAUGUUCCCCCUGCAAAACAUAAUUUCCUGGUUGCUUGGGUUGAACCAAGACCCAUCAGACAGACCCAGGUUAUGGAGGAAGAACAGAGCUACAUUUCCAACCACAGCUUGUGUUGGAGUGGACUUGAACAGUUCAUCACCCGAAGCACGCACAUCAACAGGCUUGCCAACGUCCACCCGAUUCUCCCCACUCCAGAAAUCCAACACAAAACGACUUCGGGCUUCAACAAUUUUUCCAAUUUCAAGUUCGGACUUCGGUAUGAUGGAAAGCACUUGAGACACAUCAUCAGAAACAACUCCGUGAAAUUGAGGGCAAAAGAAAAGAAAAGCCAGGCU